UGGAUGCUACACCCUGUGUACUGUCCUUGGGUGUUUCUGGAGACCAUGUUUGUGUGAAAUCUUGACAUGUUGAGUGGUCUACAUAGAAGGAGAUAGUAAAGUAGGGUUGGGAAUUCUGGUAUGGAGAGCAAAGAGGCUCCAUUGGGAGGGAGCCAUUCAUGAACACCCAGAGAAGUAGCUGUCUAUCAACUGGCCCCGAGGACAGUGAGUCUUUCAGUUUCUUUAAAACCCCUAAGAAAUGUAGGACAGUAGUGUGGUUUGUUUCUUCAGAGGAGUUCUGGAAAUGAAAGAGCUGUCUGUCUACUCUGAGAUGUGCUGUUUAGUACUCAACAUCUACUUUAAAUGCAGUCAUGUUUGAAAUUAAGAAGAUCUGCUGCAUUGGUGCGGGCUAUGUCGGGGGACCCACCUGCAGUGUCAUUGCCCACAUGUGCCCUGGAAUCAAGGUGACAGUUGUGGAUGUCAAUGAGUCCAGAAUCAAUGCAUGGAAUUCUCCUACUCUUCCUAUUUAUGAGCGGGGACUAAAAGAAGUAGUAGAAUCUUGUCGAGGAAAGAAUCUAUUUUUUUCUACCAACAUCGACGAUGCCAUCAAAGAAGCUGAUCUGGUAUUUAUUUCUGUGAACACGCCAACCAAAACCUAUGGCAUGGGCAAAGGCCGGGCCGCCGAUCUGAAGUAUAUCGAAGCCUGUGCUAGACGCAUCGUGCAGAACUCAAAUGGGUACAAAAUCGUGACCGAGAAAAGCACAGUUCCAGUGCGGGCAGCAGAAAGUAUUCGUCGUAUAUUUGAUGCGAACACAAAACCCAACUUGAAUUUGCAGGUGCUGUCCAACCCUGAGUUCUUGGCAGAGGGGACAGCCAUCAAGGACCUGAAGAACCCGGACCGAGUCCUGAUUGGAGGGGAUGAGACGCCUGAGGGCCAGAAAGCUGUGCAGGCCCUGUGCGCUGUGUAUGAGCACUGGGUGCCCAGAGAAAAGAUCCUUACCACUAAUACUUGGUCUUCAGAGCUUUCUAAACUGGCAGCAAAUGCUUUUCUUGCCCAGAGAAUUAGCAGUAUUAACUCCAUAAGUGCCCUGUGUGAAGCAACGGGAGCGGAUGUGGAAGAGGUCGCAACAGCCAUUGGAAUGGACCAGAGAAUUGGAAAUAAGUUCCUGAAAGCCAGUGUCGGUUUUGGUGGGAGCUGCUUCCAGAAAGAUGUUUUGAAUUUGGUUUAUCUCUGUGAGGCUCUGAAUUUGCCUGAAGUAGCUCGUUAUUGGCAGCAGGUCAUUGACAUGAAUGACUACCAGAGGAGGAGGUUUGCGUCCCGGAUCAUAGACAGCCUGUUCAACACUGUGACUGAUAAGAAGAUAGCUAUCCUGGGCUUCGCAUUCAAAAAGGACACGGGCGACACGAGAGAAUCCUCCAGUAUCUACAUCAGCAAAUACCUGCUGGAUGAAGGUGCACACCUCCAUAUAUAUGACCCGAAAGUACCAAGGGAACAAAUUGUUGUGGAUCUCUCCCAUCCAGGGGUUUCACAGGAUGACCAAGUGAAUCGACUUGUGACCAUUUCCAAGGAUCCCUAUGAAGCAUGCGAUGGGGCCCAUGCUGUUGUCAUUUGCACUGAGUGGGACAUGUUUAAGGAGCUGGACUACGAACGCAUUCAUAAAAAGAUGCUCAAGCCAGCCUUUAUCUUUGAUGGGCGACGUGUCCUGGACGGGCUCCACAGUGAACUGCAGACCAUCGGCUUCCAGAUAGAAACAAUUGGCAAAAAGGUAUCUUCAAAGAGGAUUCCAUAUGCUGCUUCUGGUGAGAUUCCAAAGUUUAGUCUUCAAGAUCCACCAAACAAGAAACCUAAAGUAUAGACAUCAAGGUUUUUAUUUAUGGCUAUUUUGCUACUUCAGGAUAGCAGAUAACUGAUAUUAAAAUGGUAAAUGAACCAAGUUGUUUUUAAGGAAACAAAAUUAUUUUUUUAAUCAUCAAGUUUAUACUACUAUAUGGCUAUUAGCAUCUGACUUAU